AUGGAUAUAUGUCUUGGCUUAUAUGCCGUCCCAAGGUUGCAAGUUUUGGUGGAGAUUUCACCACCUGAAAUAGCACAACAGCCUUUGAGAAACAGGAGUGGAUCUGGUCGUAAGAUGUCGCUGGAGUUUAUUGCAGGCAUUUUCUCAGCAAUGGUAGUGGCCUUACUCUACUGGCUCUUCAGGAAAAAGGUCAUUCCAUUUCUUAAGCAACGUAAGACUUUGAAAGGAAAGGAACAUAAAAGCUUUGAACAUGACACUAUAUCAUUAAGGUGUUUUGAUUUUAAGGAACUAGAGAAAGCAACAGCAAAUUUUAGCGAAGAUUGCUUGCUGGGUUCUGGUGCAUUUGGAAAUGUCUACAAAGGAACUUUUGAGUUAGAAGGAACACUGGCCAUUAAGAGAGCUCAUUUUGAAUCAUUCACAAGUGUGGAUGAAUUCAGAAAUGGUUAGCCUCAAUGAAGAUAAUUCUGCCUUAUUUAUUUGUUCAUGGCAGAAGUUAGGCUUCUUUCAGCUGUUAGGCACAGGAAUGUUAUUGGUCUGGUUGGAUAUUGUGAAGAACCAGAACAAGAUGGAGCCAAAAUACUGGUCUAUGAAUAUGUUCCAAAUGGUUCACUGCUUGAGUACAUCAUGGGUAACAGAAUGAGUUUAACUUGGAGGCGAAGAGUGAAAAUAGCAAUAGGAGCAGCAAGAGGCAUAGCUUAUUUGCAUGAAGGUGUGAAGCCAAGCAUAAUCCACCGUGACAUCAAACCAAGUAACAUCCUAUUAGGGGAAGGUUUUGAGGCUAAGGUUUCGGAUUUUGGGUUAGUGAAAUCAGGUCCAACUGGUGAUCAGUCACAUGUGAGCAGCCAGAUAAAAGGGACACCAGGGUACCUUGACCCAGCCUAUUGUUCAAGCUUUCAUUUGACCAAAUUCAGUGACGUUUAUAGCUUUGGUGUCAUACUUUUGCAACUUGUUUCAGCUAGACCUGUGGUGGAUUCCACUGAUAAACAAAGUAAUCAACAUAUCAUUGACUGGGCAAGGCCAAGCAUAGAGAAGGGCAGUGUUGAAGAAAUCAUAGAUGCAAAUCUACUAUGUCAAAGUGAGCCCUGCAAUAUGGAAGUUAUGCUGAAGAUGGGGAAACUUGCUUUAAGAUGUGUGGUUGAAGAACCAAAACAUCGCCCAACAAUGACUCAGGUGUGUCAAGAACUAGAGCGAGCCCUCAGCUCAUCUGAUAGCUUCAACAGCAACAAACAGUCUUCAAAGGGAUUCUUUACACCAAUUGGUUUAUCCCAGCAAUCACCCAAGUCUGAGACUCGGGGAUCAGUUGAAUCAUAUGAUUGUUCACAGAGCUUUGUUAGUAUUGAUGGUGUUGGAUUGCAGAAAUUCCAUGUUGAUAUGGAUAGUUUCUCCUUUAAGAGCACAAACUUAAGGUGCCUAGAAAAUAAUAGUAUUAGUAUUGACAUGAAUAGAAUGUAAUGGUAACAGUUUUUGUACUGAUAACAACGAUUUGGAAACAGAGACUUCUCCAACAGAAUGAGAAAAACUCAUCACUCUUUUCCUAUAUUGGAAUUCUGGAUUUGAGAGUAACGAAAUAGUUUCAGUAUGUCUCAUCAUUGUCUUCAUUCAAAUCUCGUUGUCAACGUACAUCUAUAUGUAUGCAUGGAUCCAGUUCAGAGGUGUGGAAGUAAUUUUCAGUCCUUUUUUUCUCC